AAGGAUGCUGGUUUCCACCCAGAGGGCCCCAAAGCCCAGCCGUGUGAGGAGGGCAAAGACAGGCACACUGGGCAUGAUGGACGCCAAGAACCCGUAUGCCAUGGCCAAGCUGAGCCUGGAGGCCAAGGAGAACCUCCGGCCCAAGCGGGACUGUGGCUUCUAUGUGAAAUACUUCUUCCUCUUCCUCUCCCUCAUCCAGUUCCUCAUCAUUUUGGGCCUGGUGCUCUUCAUGGUCUAUGGCAGCCCCCAGAUGGGCAACGAGAAGCACCUCCAGGGCUUGACCAGCUUGCUCCAGAAGGCCGAAGGCAAGGCCGAGACCCUGGGCAAGGAGGCCGGGGAGCUCAAGCGCAAGCUCAACGCCAGCCAGGCCGAGAGCGGGAUGUUCCGGAAACAAGCGGCCAUGAUCAAUGUCACCCUGAAGAGCUGCAUGAUCGAAAAGGCAAUGUUAAGCGAAGGCCAGAAAAACUUCAUGAUGUAUUAUCACAACUCACAGGAAUGUUGCUACAACUUACAAAUGUUGAACAUGACAUGCCCUGUGAAAGUCACCUCCUUGGAAGAGCAGCUGAAAGCUCUGCAUCUCCAAAGCCAACUGGACCGAAGCAAACAUGCCCAGGAGAUCCAAGCCUUGCAAGAGAAGGCCAAGCAAGUGGAGAAGGAGAAGACCGACUGCCAGUUGGAGAAGCUCCAGGUCCAAACCCGGGAGCAGAAGUACCGGGCGUUGGAGACCAAGGUGAUGGUGGAAUUGGAGCCCGCCCGGCAGAAACUGGCCACUGAGGUCGACCGGGUCCUGGCCCCGAAACAACUCGCCGGGUGCUACCACUCAGAGGUCACCAACAUGAAGGAUGUCUGUCUCAGCCUGGCCACCAACCUCCAAAACGAGCUCUCCACGUUUGCCCGGCAGCUGGACCAGAAGGUCAAUGAGGUGGCCCAGGAGAACGGGCGUCUGCAAGGGCAGAAGGAGUCCUGUGCCCACGAGCUUCAGGAACGGGAGCGCCAGCUGGGCACCCAGCGGCAGCAAGCUGAGACGGAGAAACAAGUCCUUCGGGAGAUGCAGGCGACCGAGAGGAAGAAGAUGGAGGCCGAGCAGCAGAAGUUGGCCAGAGAGAAGGAGGAUUUGAAGGGCCAGCUGGAGCAAAGCAAGCAAGCCUGCCUGCGGACACGGAACACAAUGGGCAACAUCCCUGUGAGGUUUCCAGGGUUUCCGUCCUCUGGCAGCACUAACCCCUUUGCCAGCUUCCCAGGGGGUUCCCCAAACACAGGCGUGCUCAGCCCUGGAGGUGCUCCCGCCGUCCCCAACACCUACGGCCAGCCUCCUCCUUGGCCACGGCCAGGACAGCCGAGCUCUGGCUCCCAGGGAACUCUCAGCCAUGCUGACCGAACGAGGCAGCAGGAGCAGAGGAAGAACCCUCUGGAGGUGGCUAAAAUGCCAAACCAGCCCCCCGUGGGGCAGCCCAGUGGUUAAAUGCAACAAGGGACAGAACGCCAGCCACCCUCUUUGGGAAAACCGGUCUGGGUUUUGAUAUGGGAGAAAGACUCAGGAGUAUCUUGACUUAGGAGUGAAUUAGGACCCUUCAGGGUGGUCCAAGAGAACAACGGGAGUCGGCUAUCUCAUGGGGAUGAUGGUUUCUUUCCAACCGAUGACGUGCCAAGACUGUUUCCUGCAUCUUCCUUUUCUCUCCACACACAGCUUUUCUUCCCUUGGUCCACUGCAUUCCCCCUUCAAAUCAACCAAUUGCAAAACUGCAGGAAGGGAUACCCAAAGGUCACUUAGUCCAACCCCUUCUGCAAUGCUGAGGAUCCGCAAUGGGCCACCAACCAAGCCCACUGCAGUGUCCAAUUUAUUCUGUUUGUUUAAUGUUCUUUCGCAUUUUUUGGCACCAGGCUUUAAGGCCCUGAUAUCCGCCGGAAGAUUCGCCUCCUCUCAGACUUUCCUACCUUGCAGGGCUGCUGUGUGUGAAACAAGCCGCUCGCUCUGGACUCCAAAGAUGUAUGAAUAGGAUCCAUGAAUAUUUCCAGCUGUCACCUGUGGUGACAAAACACUUUGAAAUUGCAAACAUUUGAAAUUUUAAAACGGCAGGCUAACAGUGUAUAUAAUGCACCCGUCCAAGAGAAUUAAGAGGAGAAGAAAUCACAUGCCUGCACAUGUUUGAAUAUAUAGAUGCACAUGCACACACGCACACACGCACACAAAAGCAUGCAAGGUAUGCAUUUUUUGCUUAAUCUAUUGUACUAUCCAUGGCAAAAUGGAGCCUCCAUGUUCAAAAGCAGCAUACCCCCUAUCUAUCGGAGGAAAAAAUAAAGAUCUUUUUCCAGCUCUUCAGCAAAGCAAAGGCCUGGCAUGUCCUUCCACUUUCGUUAUGACAAGAGUAAAUCCUAGGACCUUAUGGGCCAAUGGUUGCCCUUGGCUAAUGGCCAUUUCCAAAGCAAAAUCUUGCAAAUGCGUGAGCGCUUGAAGGAUCCCAAUUCGGUCCAAUCCCAACAUUCAGGUGUCCCAUGUGUGUAAAUACCAUAUAUUUUACUUUUGGCUAAUAUGUAAAGUAUACUGUUUUAUCAUUGUUUUAUAUUUACACAACUUUUCUAAUGAAAUAGAAAAGGUCGAGAUUUCCUCCAAAUGAUUCAAACCAAGUAAGUUUCACAGGGAAGGCACAGGAUCAAUAAAGGUUUCAUGAAAAUCCA